AUGACUCACUCUUUGAUCUACGACGCCAAGGAUCGUUUCACCGUUCACCGUAUUACCGCGGAGGAAGUGAAGUACAAGCUCCUGAAGUUGAAUCCGUCACCAUCUGUACACCACGUAGUCUCCGAUGCAGCGAAAAACGUUAACAGUAAGGAACGCUCAACUUUCGAUGAGGCAGAGCUUGUGACUCACGAAUAUGAUGACGACGAUGAAGAUGAUGAGGACUUUGUGCCACAAGGAGAUGCGAGCUUGUUGGACGACUUUUCAAUUUUCGAAUACUUCGAGUCAUUCCGGAAUCAAUCCAUCAUCGACGAAGACGAGAACGAAGAUAAUCCGGCGAAUGCUGCAAACAAUUACGAAAAAUUUGAUGAAAUGGGUUUUGCUGAUCUCGACAGAGAGGACGAUGAGGUUCCCACCAAUGUGUCGAAAAAGUUGUCCAAUAAGCUGCGCAAGGAGAAGGGCUUGUCAUAUGUUCGAAAAAAUGGCACAGAAGUGGCGGCACGAAAGCUGCGAAAGGCGUGCACCUGCAUGAAGCGUAAAUGUUAUGAAAAAUUUAACGAUGCACUCCGAGAAAAACUGUUGCGUAAUCUGCUUGAGUUAAAGAGCUCGGGACAGAAUCAAUUUCUCAGCCAACAUGUUGCUGUGACCUUCGUAGAACGUCAUCGUGUCAUUAAUUCCAGGAGAGCUUUUACAUACAAGUAUUACCUUCCCGGACACGGUGGCCAGGUUCGAGUGUGUCUGCAGAUGUUCUUGAAUACUUUUGACGUUACGGAGAAAAAAAUACGAAUUCUGGUCUCGAAAAAGGUAUCCGGCUUGGGCAUUUCCGCUGACGAUAAGCGUCUUCUGAAUACCAAUCGUUGCCCGAUCUCCAGCGAAGAAAAAACCUACAUUGAACAGCAUAUCAAGUCGUUUCCCGCAUAUUUUUCUCACUACACAAGAGAGAAAAGUAGUAAGAAAUAUUUAUCGAGUGAUUUAAAUAUCACAAAAAUGUAUGAAUUGUACACUGCAAAGUGCAAAGAAGAUUCACAGCGUCUCGUGCACUACAAUUCAUAUCGCAUAAUUUUCAAUGGAUGCAAUCUCGGCUUCCGGAAACCAAAAGCGGACACUUGUAAUGAAUGCGAUCGUUUGAAAAUACUUUUGAAAUCGGGUGACGAAGAUGAAAAAAAUCAAGCCGAAGAUAAACGUUCUUCCCAUCAAAAUCAGGCCCAGCUCGUGUAUACCGAAAAGAAGAAGGAUGUUCAGGCGGCAAGGACCGAUCCCGCAGUUCGCACUAUAUCCUUCGACUUGCAGAAAUGCUUAGCAACGCCUCACCUGCGAAAUGGAGUGGCCUUCUACAAGCGACAACUAUAUACCUAUAAUCUCACGAUUUUCGAAACGUAUCGGGGCAAGAAUAAGGGUUUCUGCUACAUGUGGGAUGAGUCGCAAGGUAGACGAGGGGCAAAUGAAAUCGGCUCUUGUUUACUAGAAGAUUUGAAAACAUUCUUAAGCGAGAAUCCGGACGUGAAGAUAAUCAAUCUAUAUUCAGAUCGCUGUGGAGGGCAAAAUUUAAAUUUCGUUGUGUGUAGGGGAGGAAGGGCCCCUUUGGAGACUGAGCCUAUCCCGUUGCCGUACGAAAAGCUAAUGGAUUUAAAGAAGCUGAUGCCAUUUGUUAGUAACAAAACGUACUAUGAAGCUAUGUUGAAGACAUUAGUUGUUCCAAAGCGUGGACGAAAGGCCAAAACCGAUGCCCAAGAUACAAAUUUUGAUGAUGAUCUCGAUAUCGAAAACGAAGAUGAUUGA